AUGGCUGCCACCGCACGACCAAUAGUAGACGUUGGCGCUGGCGCCUUCACUACCGCUCGUGACGACGGAAGCAACGAGUUUGCAGACAUGAUGCACGGCACCAAGCAGACGGUUUUGGAGCCGCAUCGUUUUGAAAAUCUGGCCAGGGUCCUCCGCCCCCUCCCUCUCCGCCGCCUCCCCCUCUCGCUAACUCACGGCCUGUCACUGCCAGCAGCGCCAAUCACGGCAGCAGCAGCAUCACCAGCAGCAGCAGCGCCUCUAGGCCUCGCUCUGUCUCUCAAUAUUCCCUCGCCGUCCACCCUCCCUUCCCCCCUCCCGUCCGCCCUCUCCUCCUCCUCCUCCGCACCUCAGCUGCGCCUGCUCUGCAUCCCGUCCCCACUUCCCGGCGCCUCUGCUUCCGCAGCUGCGGCAUCCGCCGAGGCAACAGCGGAGGCUGCGGCGGCAGCGGCGGCGGGGGCUGGGGCGGCGGCGGCGGCGGAGGCGAGCUCGAGCUUCUCCUUAUCUCUCUCGCUGUCCCUCGACCGUCCGAUUCGGAGCGCGACCGCGGCGGCAGACGCUACUACCAGUAUCACAGCUAGUGACGGCUCGGCUAUCGCGCUGACGCUUGGAUUAGGGGUUACUACGGGCGGGAAGCGAAGACGGGCCACGUCGGAUUCGAUUCGCGACGACGAUGUUACCCGGUGCGGCUGGCAACUCCCAGGCUUGACGAGGAUGUCUAUAUCGGGGAAUGAUGACGUCAUAACGAUGACAGAGCGGAGCGGGGACAGUCCAAUGGGGAUGGCGAAUCCGCCGGUGGCUGUCAGAGGCAGUGGCGCGUGGACCAAGUGGAGUGUAACUCAGCAUGACGUGUUUCGGUCCGACGCUGACGUGGCUGGCUAUGGCGCUGACAGAGGCUGCGGCAUGCUGACGCCACAGCUGAGAUUGACCAGCGAAUCAGGAGAAGGCGAAGGAGUUGGGAAUAAGCGAUACGAGAUCGCAGAACGGCCACAAGUGACGCUGGCGCUAUUGGGUGAGGGAGACUGGUCGAAGCGGAGACGGGUGGAGGAGAUGACGUGUCAUCACGGUGAAGAAGCGCGUUCAAGUUUUGACUUUUGGAGAAACGAGACACUUGUUGUCGAAGAGCCUCUUAACGAGUCCCUUAUUGGGGAACCUUCCGGGCCGCAUCAUUUCAAGUCGAAUUCAGUGGUCAGCGAAAGCGGCUCGAGCCGCUCACCCGACUCGCCACGUGAGCCGCUUGUCCUAUUCGGAAGACCGUUAAAUGCAACGGACGACACGGGCCAUGCAAUGGGUGCCACAGCAACCGACGCUGCCGCUUCUCCUGCUUUUGCCAGCGUCACAACCCCGUCCACUCCUGCUUCUGCUGGCUGCACUCGCUCGUGCGGGCCUGACGUGGCCGCUGACGUGUCAGACGCUGAGGUGACAGCGAGGAAGAGCGAGCCGGCUGCGACAGCUGCGGCUGUUCUCGAUUUCCCAGCAGCACCUGAAUCAAUGGCUGGAGCAGCAGCAGCAGCCGAGGAGAAUCACGCCGUUAAUCGUCGAACCAGCUCGAAUCUGCGCGUCGGCAGCGCACCCGGCGACGGCGCAGUGCGCGGGAUCGGCAAGCUAGGGCGGCGCUUCCGCGGGAUCCGCCAGCGCCUGUGGGGGCGGUGGGCGGCGGAGGUGCGCGACCCGUUCGCGCGGCGCCGCCUGUGGCUGGGGAGUUUCGACUCCGCGGAGGAGGCGGCACGCGCGUACGACGUCGCGACGCGGCGAUUAAGAGGCCCCUGGGCUAAGACUAACUUCCCGCUGGACCCGCGCGACCCGGAGGAUAAGGAGCAGCUUGCGCGGAUGGCGGUGGCGGUCGCGGCGUGCGCCAAGGGGCGGUACCGCACGAAGCUGGCGGCGUGGCGGAAGCUGUGCGGGCCGGUAGAGCUAUUUAGAGGCGUGCGCCAGCGGCCUUCAGGGAAAUGGGCCGCGGAGGCUCGGGAUCCGACCACGAAGCGCCGGCUGUGGCUCGGGAGCUUUGACACGGCUGAAGAGGCAGCCCGAGCUUAUGAUGCUGCUGCACGGAAGAUGAGAGGUGAUGGUGCCAGGUGUAAUUUCCCUACAAAGCAAUAA